AGCUUACUAUUGAGUCCUCAUCCAGCUAUCUACCAAUUUUCCACUUGCAUAUCUAUCUAUUUUGCUACAAAGAUUUUGUGCCUAGGAAAUGGAAAUCCAUCGUUCGGAUUUUCCCCCUGAAUUUCUCUUUGGAGCUGCAACUUCUUCUUAUCAGAUUGAAGGUGGUGUACGGGAAGGGGGCCGCGGCCUUAGUAAUUGGGAUUUCUUGUGCAAUUCAACACCAGGAAAGGUCAACGGUCAAAAUGGAAACGUUGCUUGUUAUUCAUACGGGCUGUACAAGGAAGAUGUGAAAAUUUGCAAGAAACUGGGCUUGGACUCCUACAGAUUUUCAAUUUCAUGGAGUAGAGUAUUGCCCGGUGGGAGACUAAGUGCAGGCGUAAACAGAGAAGGAAUCCAGUACUACAACAAUCUCAUUGACGAGCUCUUGGCAAAUGGCAUUCAACCUUUUGUGACCCUGCACCACUUUGAAGUUCCACAAAUUCUCGAAGAACAGUAUGGUGGUUUCUUAGAUAAGAGAAUUAUGAAGGACUACCUGGACCUUGCUGAAUUGUGCUUUUGGGAAUUCGGUGAUCGUGUGAAAUAUUGGACAACAUUCAAUGAGCCAUGGACUUUUAUAUUUAAGGGAUAUGUAACUGGUGAAUUUCCCCCUUGUCGAGGUUCAUCUUCAGAGGAGCACGCGAAACUUUCUGCUCUCCAACACAAAACUCAUCACCGGAACCCAUUGGUUUGUGAAGAUGGAGAUCCAGGUGUUGAACCAUAUACUGCAGCACGUAACUUGCUCCUUGCUCAUGCUGAAGCAGUUGAUCUUUACAGGAAAAAAUUCAAGGCUCAAGGGGGACAAAUUGGCAUAACACUCGUUACCUCGUGGUUUGAGCCAUUCCAUCACCACUCAGAGAAAGACAUACAUGCCGCUCAACGAACACAGGACUUUGUGUUCGGCUGGUUUAUGGAUCCAAUAACAUAUGGUCGAUAUCCAAAGAGCAUGACAGAUAAUGUGCCACCAGAGCGCCUUCAACGAUUUGCAGAGGAAGAAUCCAUCCAACUAAGAGGAUCAUAUGAUUUCCUUGGGCUCAACUAUUACACAUCCAGCUAUAUAGUUGCUGCAUCUGUCCUCCCCAGUGGACCUCCGAGCUACAUUACUGAUUCGCAUGCCACUCAUAAAAACAAUGGUCCUGAUGGGAAUCCUAUUGGUGAACCAACUGAGGGGUUGCACAAGAUUUUGCACUACAUAAAGCAACGUUACAAUGAUCCACCAAUUUUUAUCACUGAGAAUGGAUUUGGUGAUGCAAAUCAUCCUGAUUAUACGGUUUCUGAAGCUUGUAACGAUGAGACGAGGAUUGAAUACCUUCGUGAGCACUUAAAAGAAAUAAGACUGGCCAUGAUUGAAAAUCGGGUCAAUGUCAAGGGAUAUUUCGUUUGGUCAUUGAUGGACAAUUUCGAGUGGGCAUCAGGCUUCAAUUAUCGGUUUGGCCUUGUGUAUGUUAACUUCACAGAUCGUUAUUUGUCAAGAUUCCCAAAAAACUCAGCUCUAUGGUACAUGAAUUUUCUGGACAAGAAGUAUAGACCUAUAACACAUCCACUGAAAAAUAAUGCCCUACUUGAGGAUGAAACUAUAAGCCCUACUUCUACUUCGCCGCUGCCAUAUCAAACGAAUGCCCCAAAUUCGGGAGAAAUGGUUGUUCAUGAGGGUACUCCAACUAAGAGGCACCGCAAAACUUGAUCCUCUUUAGCAGCAUUUUAGCGUUCGUGAUCAGGGUUGUCACCAGAAGGCUCUGCAGAUGCUUGGUGUUCUAAUUUCUGGUCUGUAAUAAGGAGCUAUGCUUUUUGCUCUAUUUGUGUUCCGUAAUAAGAAGCUAUGCUCUGCUUUGACUC